AUGGUUUUGUGUAAAGUUGCGGCGGUCUUUAUGAACGCCAUAAUAUUGCUUCGAAUUACUGUUCCGCGCCCGCACCCCGGUCCGGACGAUGCUCAGGUCCCGACGACGCCUAGGUUCCGAUGCCCAGGUCCCGACGACGCCCAGGUCCCGACGCUCAGGUUCGUCGACGCCCAGGUUCCGACGCUCAGGUCCGACGACGCCCAGGUCCCGACGCUCAUGUCCGACGCCCAGGUCCGACGACGCUCAGGUUCCGACGACGCUCAGGUUCCGACGACGCUCAGGUCCCGACGACGCCCAGGUCCCGACGACGCCAGGUUCGACGACGCUCCGACGACGCCCAGGUUCGACGCCCAGGUUCCGACGACGCCCAGGUUCCGACGACGCUCAGGUUCCGAUGCUCAGGUUCCGACGACGCCCAGGUCCCGACGCAGGUUCCGACGCUCAGGUCCCGACGACGCUCAGGUUCCGACGACGCCCUGGUCCGACGACGCCCAGGUCCCGACCGAGGUCCCGACGUCAGGUUCCGACGACGCUCAGGUCCCGACGACGCCCAGGUCCGACGCCAGGUCCGACGCCCGACGAUCAGGUCCCGACGACGCCCAGGUUUCAGGUCCCGACGCUCAGGUUCGAGCUCUCCGACGAUCCGACGUCAGAACGACGACGACGCUUCCGACGCUCAAGUUCCGACGCUCAGGUUCCGACGCCCUGUUCCCGACGACGCCCAGGUCCCGACGCCGUACCGACGACGCCAGGACGCCCUGGUCCGACGACGCCCAGGUCCCGACGCUCAGUUCCCGACGACGCCCCCGACGCCUGGUCCCGACGACGCCAGGUCCCUCUGGUCCCGACGACGCCCAGGUCCCGACGCUCAGUUCCCGACGCCCUGGUCCCGACGACGCCCUGGUCCCGACGACCCCAGGUCCCGACGCCCUGGUCCGACCUCAGGUCCCAACGACGCCCAGGACCCGACGCCCAAGUCCCGACGACGCCCAGGUUCCGACGUCCAGGUCCCGACGACGCCCACGUCCCGACGCCCUGGUUCCAACUCUCAGGUCCCAACGACGCCCAGGGCCCGACAUCGCCCGAACAAGCGAGGGCAAUGCGGCCCGUCGGUCCGGUUCGGCGUCAGGAGAUAAAUCCGAGGGAAGGGAAAUGAGUCCUGAGUAA